AUGGCGAGCAACAACGGACCUAAACGCCAAGUCACCGUACGAGAAGCUUUGCUCCGAACAAAGACUGAGACGCCGCCAAAAGGGUCUGGGUCGAAACGAGUAGGCUUUCUUCGAAACCUAUUCCAGAAACUCGGAUUGAACAAGAAAAAUCCGCAAGGGGGCACGGUCUUGCCUGAACGCACUGCCCUUGAGGUCGAGGUCGAGGAUGCUAGCUUUCCCGCUAUAAAUGUGUUUGAUGAUCCUACUGAAUCCUUCAUAAGAUCAGAUGGUACACCAUUAGUGCGCGCAAGAUCGGUGCCAACGACAAAUUAUCAUAGCACUCAGGUUCUAUGGGAAGAUGUGAGCACAAUUUAUUCAUUCCACUGGAAGCCUCGCAAGGUGACAUCCAUUGGAGAUGUUCAAAAUCUAGAAAUCGAAAGCCGUAUGGAACAUCUCAUUAUGCGUUGCGCCAUGGAUGGUUAUGAAGUAACCCCUCAGGAGUCUUACGACGUGCUACUAUUAGUAGAAGGGGCUGUUGACGAGGCUGUUGAAUACAUGAAGGUGUUGAGAGACUUUGAUAGCUAGCCCUGUCUACC